GUCUGUAAGAACCAAAGCCGACCGUCAUUAUCUGUCUGUACAUGGGUUGUCGUCAAUUUGAGCUCCCCUAACUCCUAUCCCCUUAUAUUAAUCUCUCCUGUACCUCCCCCAAGACCAUCCCCACCACCAUCUCUCUCUCUAAAAAGAUUAUAAUCUCAAGAAAUGGCAGGGAGAAAGGGUACCGCUGGUGAGUUUGAAGAUUUGCUGCCGAUGAUGGCCGAUAAGUUGGGGGGAGAGGGUCUGAUAAGAGAGCUGUGUAAUGGGUUUCGAUUGUUGAUGGACAGAGACAAAGGACUGAUCACUUUUGAGAGCUUGAAGAAGAACUCUGCUCUUCUUGGGUUGCAGGAUUUGGGAGACGAAGAGCUGAUGAGCAUGGUGAGGGAAGGCGAUACGGACGGUGACGGGGCGCUCAAUCAGAUGGAGUUUUGUGUUCUGAUGUUCAGAUUGAGUCCUGAUCUGAUGAAGGAGUCUGAGGCUUGGCUUCAACAUGCUAUGCAACAGGAACUCCAUAGUUCUUGGUGUGACGGGAAAUCAUAGUCACAAUGGUCGCACUAACUGUUACUAAGAAGGAAUAGGAACGUUGUUUUUGAUUUGGAAAUUGAUUUUUAUCUUUUUGCACGUUGUUCCUUCUUCAAUUGAUUUGUUUUUGUUUUGGAAAAUAACAUUUUGAGUUUUAUUGGUUUUGUUCAUGUUGAAACAGAGACGAGAAUAUAUGGUCAUGUACUGAAAUAAAAUAAGUGGGUUUUUUAAUUUCUCUUCUUC